AUGGCGGUGGAUAUGGAUGCCCAGCGCAAGCUGGCUCGCAUAUUGCUGAUUGAACUCAUGGCAUAUCAAUUCGCCUCCCCUGUACGAUGGAUUGAAACUCAAGACGUAAUACUUUCGCGCAAGGAAUGCGACAAGAUCGUCGAAAUUGGGCCCAGCCCUACACUCGUUGGAAUGUUUCAGCGGACUAUAAACAGCCUGUAUCAGACUCAGGAGUGCACAAGACCUAAACCUCGCCGACUCUUAAACUCAGAGAGGGACACGAAAGAAGUCUACUUUGAACACGCUCCUACUGCUUCAAGUUUCAAGCCGAAGGAGGAGCAAAAGAAACCAGCAACCCCAGUCACCAUAUCGACUCUGAAAACAGAGCUGGCACCUGCAUCAGUAUCCGUGCCGGUAUCUGUGUCGACACCGACAUCAGUGCCAAUAGAACUCGAAGACCAGAAAGUCAAGGCGCGGGAUAUUGUGACAACGAUAGUGUCCAGAGUGCUGAAGAAGGCAGCAUCAGAUGUUGACGGGACAAAGUCGAUCAAGGCUCUUGCUGGCGGCCGAUCGACAUUGGAAAACGAAAUCGUCGGUGAUCUCCAUGCGGAGUUCGGCUCGCUGCCAGAACGCGCAGAAGACGUACCUUUGACCGAACUGUGGGAUGCGAUCCAGUCAAGCCACCAUGGAACGCUGGGCAAAGUGUCCACGAGCAUGAUCAACUCGCUUUUCACUUCCAAAUUACCCAGCGGCUUCACUACAGCGAUCGCGCGAGAUCAACUCAGUUCGCAGUGGGGACUCAAACAGKGACGACAAGACUCCUGCCUACUUCUUGCGGUCACAAAGCAGCCUGCCACACGAAUUCCUACAGAAUCUGAUGCAAAAGCAUUUAUUGAUAGCGUUGUUGAAAGCUACACCUUGAAAGAGGGCAUUUCUUUGCGCACAUCUCAUGCCGCUACGGAUGGAGUCUCAGCUCCCGGUGUAAUGGUCGACCCGGAGGCUGUUCGAGCACUGUCUGAGUCGCAAAAAGCGUUGUCCAAGCAGCUCCUUGACAUAUAUGCAUCCGAUGUUGGUCUAGACCAAGGCGCGGAUCGGCGUGCAUUGGACGCUCUCCGUCAUGACGUCGAGACAAGACUGCAAUCGGAACUGGAUCUAUGGACCGCAGAACAUGGAGAAGACUACGCGAACGGUAUCCGUCCACGUUUUGAUCCCCUCAAGAUCAGAUCGUAUGAUUCUGCGUGGAACUGGGCCCGCCAGAGACUCCUCGAGUUUUUCGAUCUGGCAACCUCCGUUCAGCGGGGAGACGAUGUCACUCUCGACCGCCAUAGUGUUUCGCAAUCCUGCUAUGCAAUCGCAAAUGCAGCGGAUGAGACCAUUCUUCCGGUUCUAGAUGAGAUGAUGACCAAACUGCGCGACCAUACGCUUCUGCGCUCCAUUUUGACUGAUCUCGAGGCAAAUUGCAAACAAACCCUAGAGUUCGGACCAGUGUUCAAGGGGGCACCCAGGCAAACGGCGCCUUGCACGACCAUUGAUGAGGAUGGAAAGAUACAAUAUCUUGAGAAGAAUCGCUGUGGCGCGGCCCCAUUUGCUGACCUGGCCAUGCCAACAUCCGAGACAGUGGAACCUCUUCUGCACUUGAAGGAAAAGCACGCACAUGGAUGGCAGUACAGCCACACAUUGACGGCACGGCUCCAUGAUGCUCUCAGUCAUGUGGAGAAACAUGGUGAAUCAUUCAGUGGCCAAACAGUGCUGAUCACAGGUGCUGGUAUUGGUUCCAUCGGGGCUGCCAUGAUCCGACAUUUCUUACAGGGGGGCGCCAGAGUGGUGACCACAACAUCCUCACUCUCUCCCGAGGUGGCCCGGAAAUAUCAGGCUAUCUACAUGGACUACGGUGCCAGGGGUUCCCAAUUAGUCGUGGUUCCGUUCAACCAGGCCAGCGUCCAAGACGUAACCUCUCUGAUUGAGUACAUCUAUUCACAGAGCGGUCUUGGGUGGGAUUUGGACUACCUGAUUCCGUUUGCUGCCAUUAGUGAAGCCGGCCGAAAGCUGGACUCCAUUGACUCGAAAUCGGAGCUAGCCCAUCGUCUGAUGCUGACAAAUGUGCUACGCCUGCUGGGCACCGUCAAGGCCUGCAAGGAAAAGUACAACUGUCAAUCCCAUCCCACACAAGUGAUUUUGCCUCUGUCUCCCAAUCAUGGAACUUUUGGUGGCGAUGGUCUGUACAGCGAAUCCAAACUGGCGUUGGAAACCCUGUUCAAUCGGUGGCAUUCCGAGGAUUGGCAGGACUACCUGUGUGUCUGCGGUGCGGUCAUCGGAUGGACACGAGGCACCGGUUUGAUGAACCAGAAUGACCUCGUCGCAGAGGGCAUUGAGUCUGCCGGCAUGCGGACGUUUUCCCAGGAGGAGAUGGCUUAUGCCCUGGUCUGCCUGUGUCUGCAGAGCAUCAACGAGCUUUGCCAAGAGCGACCCGUUUACGCCGACCUGACCGGACGUAUGGCAGAAAUGCAUGGACUUCCAGAGAAACUGCAGGGCCUGCGUCAGGAACUCAAGGAACGGAGUGAGAUUCAAGCAGCGCUGUUCACAGAGUCUAUCCUAGAGCAGCAAUAUGUGAUCCCAGGCCAAUCAUCCGUACGGAGGACCACCAAGCCGGAGCAGCUCGAGCAAAGAGCUCACGUCCGCUUGGACUUUCCCAGGCCGCUUGAUUACGAUCGAGAUAUUAGCUCUCUCCAUUCAGAUCUCCACGGAAUGGUCGACCUACACCGGACUGUAGUUGUGACUGGCUUUUCGGAGUUAGGACCCGUGGGCAACGCUCGCACGCGAUGGGAGAUGGAAGCAUAUGGCCAGUUGUCCCUGGAGGGCACCAUUGAAAUGGCCUGGCUCAUGGGCUACAUCCGGCACUUUGCCGGAACAAUAGAUGGAACGCCGUACUCCGGGUGGAUAGACGCGGCGACGAAGAAACCAGUGGCCGAUAUUGAUGUCAAAUCAAUUUACGAGGAGAGGAUUUUGAGCCAUACCGGCAUCCGUCUCAUCGAGCCUGAGCAGAAGCCAUUCCUACAUGAGAUAAUAUUGCAGGAAGACUUGGAACCUCUCCAUGUGCCCGGGUCACUCGCAGAGCAGAUGAAAUCAGAGCAUGGAGAGUUCGCUGAUGUGCAGCAAUCCACAACACCGGAUCUCUUCAAAGUCCAGCUUCGCAAAGGCGCGAGACUCUACAUCCCUCGCGCAAUGCAAUCCAAGCAGACGGUUGCUGGACUCAUCCCGACUGGUUGGGACCCUCGAACGUACGGUAUCACCGAGGAUAUCGUGACUCAAGUCGAUCCAGUGACGCUGUUCACGCUGGUGUGCACUGUUGAGGCGUUACUUUCCUCCGGCAUCACUGACCCUUACGAGCUUUACCAGUACAUCCACGUCUCCGAGGUGGGAAUAUGUAUCGGUUCGGGGCUUGGAGGGGUGUCUUCCCUCAACAAGAUGUUCAACGGGCGCCAAACCAGUCACGACAUCCAGAAGGACAUCCUCCAGGAGACUUUCAUCAAUACGACCGGUGCUUGGGUCAAUAUGCUUUUGCUCUCGGCGAGUGGACCCCUUCGCACCCCAGUCGGCGCGUGCGCAACAGCCAUCGAGUCCCUGGAAUUAGGGUACGAUACCAUCGUCACGGGCAAAGCUCAGUUCUGCUUGGUCGGCGGCUGCGAUGACUUUACCUCCGAGACCUCUCAGGAGUUUGCCAACAUGAAGGCGACCAGUAACGCCGAAGUGGAAAUGGCCAAGGGUCGAGCUCCUCACGAAAUGUCCCGGCCAACCACCAGCACUCGCAAUGGUUUUGUGGAAUCUCAAGGUGCCGGGCUACAGGUCUUGACCACGGCGGCACUGGCUUUGAAAAUGGGCUUGCCAAUUCGCGGCAUCGUCGCUUUUGUCAACACAUCCAGCGAUAAGGCCGGUCGCUCUGUGCCAGCUCCUGGCAGGGGAGUCCUUACCAAUGCCAAACAAGUUGCCUCAAAGGUGCCAUCGCCUCUCAUGAACAUCCGCAAUCGUCGGAAGAGGUUGGAAUUUCGCCUUCGCCAGAUUGCAGAGGCCCGGGACGUGGCCUUGCAGGAUCUCGAGUUCGAGGGGGCUGCAGUGGUGGCCCAGGACUCGACCGUGGAUGUUGGCACUUAUGUCAAAGAGCGUCGCCAGCAGAUUAUGGCUGACUUUGUUCGAGAAGAGAGGGAAUGUCGCUUCAGGCUGGGCAACGACUUCUGGCGGAACGAUCCAUAUAUUGCACCUCUGGCCGGUGCGCUGGCUACUUGGGGACUGACCAUCAACGACCUGGAUGUGGCAUCCUUCCAUGGUACGUCUACCGUGUUGAACGAUAAGAAUGAGUCCAGCGUCAUCCAACAGCAACUGCGCUCGCUGGGUCGACGGCAAGGCAAUCUCAUCCUCAGUGUCUUCCAAAAAUACCUGACCGGCCAUUCCAAGGGCGCCGCGGGAGCCUGGAUGCUCAACGGGGCCCUCCAGAUGCUCGAUUCCGGACUGGUCCCUGGCAAUCGCAAUUCAGAUAAUGUCGACCCGGCCCUCAAGGAAUUCGACCUCAUCGCUUACCUUCAACGGCCGAUCCGCGUCCGCGAUCUCAAGGCUGUUUCCGUGACGUCCUUUGGAUUCGGCCAGAAGGGAGCGCAGGCCCUAUGUAUUCAUCCCCGGUAUCUCUUUGCCACUAUAAACCGGGAAGAAUACCAGGCUUACAUGGACCGCUGCACGAGGCGACAGAGGAAGGCAGAUAUGUAUUUCUACGAGGGAAUGAACGGCAAUUCCCUCUUCAGGGCCAAAACAACGCCGCCAUUUGUCCCAUCACAGGAGACGGCCGCGUACCUCAAUCCGGCGGCUCGCUUUACUUGA